AUGGAUAACUCACGACCUUCUUCACCGGACGCGCCGCCGCAGGACCUGUGGUCAUCCAUCCUAGAUUCAGUCUCUACUACGCGCUCUAUACCCUCCAAGCAGAUAAUCCUUCUCGGCGAACCAUCUUCCGGAAAGUCUAGCUUAGCUUCCGCUCUUUUACAGAGACCUCCACCGGAUGAGACAAAGGAGGAGACACGCAUUGACUUCGCAAUUGGCUACGACUGGGCCGAUGUACGAGACGAUGCGGAUGAAGAUACCCUUGCACGCCUGUCCGUAUACACCGUUCCGUCUUCUGCGCCUUCAUUCACCGCGCUAUUACCUCACUUUGUUCCGCCCCGCACCUCACUGCCGCAUACCCUCGUAGUAAUCGCCUUAGACUGGACGCGACCAUGGUCAUUCAUUGAGGAGCUAGAGACGUGGUUGGACUGGGUCGAGAAGUGGGUCAAAGGGGAUGGAUCUCGUGAGCUCGAUAUCGCGAAGGAAGAGAACCGUGAAAGACUACAAGCACACUGGCAGCAUUAUACGGAACCUUCUUCAGAGCCUCUUCCUGCAACGGCGACCGUCUCCGGCACUGUGCUGCCCUUAGGGCAGGGCACGCUUACGCACAAUUCUGCCGGUGUUCCCAUUGUGGUGGUCUGCACGAAAGCCGACUUGAUAGACGAGGGCAACGAUAUCAUCGGCUCUGGUCCGUCGGGCAUGGGUGGCAUGGUGAAAGGAAAGGGAGGCGAGUGGGAGGAGCGCACGGACAGUAUCAUGCAAAUCUUGCGGACAAUAUGUUUGAAGUAUGGUGCUGGAUUGUUCUACACUACUCCACAGCCCACAACGCUCCAAGUGCUGAGGCAAUAUGCAUUGCAUACGCUGUUCACGCCGCCUGCUCCUUCACCUUCGAUGGGCGGUGAGGUCGUCGCUCCCCCCCGCAAUCCAUUCCCCUUCCAGACCAAACCGAACGCACUCGACCGCGACAGGAUUGUUAUCCCGGCCGGAUGGGAUAGCUGGGGCAAGAUUGCAGUCCUCCGGGAAGGAUUUGACGCGAGGUUGUGGGGAGAGGCUUGGGAGAACGAUCUGGAAGGUGCAGACGAUGACGACGGUCCUAAAGCAACCAAGUUGUAUGCGAGCCUCGUCCCUGAUCUCAGCCGUAAACCCCCGCCUCUCCCUCCGCUCAACAACCCGACUCCGGAACAAGUCUUCCUGGCGAAGAAUUACGACGAGAACGCAAAGAACCCCAAUCGCGACCCCCGCGGCGCGUUCCGCAAUCCCAAUGAGACCGCGUCCGCGGGUAUCGUCGGCCCUAUGGGCAGCAGCAGCUUCACUCUGCCGAACGUCGAGCGCGCACUGACGGAGAUGGAGAGCUCAGCCGCGGCUGGGACUAGCCCUCUCAACGUCAGCGUUGGGAACGACCCCGCGCGGAAGCUGGCCAGUCGAACGGGUGCGCGACCGCCACCUUCGACGCUCUCCGUCCCGACUGCCGGCGCGGCCAUCCUCGGCCGCAGCACGUCCUCGACAUCGCCUGCGCCUUUAUCUGCGACGACGCCGAACUCCGCAGACGACCAGACGCAACACCAGGCGCUCAAGAAGUUCUUCGACGACCUAAUUAACAAGAGGAACAAGGUGGACGACAAGGCUGCCACCGCGAAGAGCCCGGAUGGGGAUGGUGGGGCGGACGGGGGCAGCUAAGGUAGUGUGUAUGUUGUUAUUGCAUCUCUUCUCUAUUCCAUUUGCAUGGAUGUGCUUGCCCC